UCAGUGUCGGCUAAUUUUUAAAAUUCGUAAACACUAUUAAUGUGGAAGCUAAUAUUUUAAUUACUGACUCAGCUUGACCAUGUAUUCGACCAUUUAUGCGAUUUUUGGCUUUGUGUUUGUAUUUGCCGUGUCGGCAAUUCACAUUGUUUCCCUACAUUUUCCGGAUGAGGUACAAUCUGGGCAAGAGCUUCAACUUAGGUGCGACUAUAAUUUAGACGGUGAGAAUCUUUACUCUGUCAAGUGGUAUCGAGAUGACAUGGAGUUUUUCCGCUACGUGCCCAUGGAUAACCCUGUGAAACAAUUCUUUUCUUUGGAUGGAAUUCAGGUUGAUAUUGAGCGAUCGAACAAAGACAUUGUAGUCCUCACAAAAGUAACUCCGAUUACCCAAGGCGUAUUCCGAUGUGAAGUGUCAGCUGAUGCCCCUUCAUUCCAGACAGUCUCUGCCCAGAAGGAUAUGAUAAUCAAUGUGAACUCUGCAUCAGAGAUGAACAAGAAUAUGUCUGGAGGAACAGCAGUCGCCUUGUUUCUUUUCGUCCUAGGAAGAAAAUUACUUGAAAUUCGCUAACGGCAAAUUCGUAAAACAUUGAAAGCACGCAAGUGUGUAUGUGUAAACAAAGACUAAACAACAGAAAGAAAUAAAAAAGUUAAGAAUGUAUGCAUGAACGCAGGUUGGUAGGAACAGCUCUGUCGUUUGUUGAAACUGAACUCAACGGAAACACUGACGCAAUACGGGGUAUAUGAUCUAGAUGUGUCUUCUUUUGCGGGUUAGGCAAGGAAAAACUUUAGAAACAAUAUCUAAUAUAAUUAUUGACAUAUUGAUGUAAUGAAUAUAUAUAUAUAUAUAUAUUUACAUUGUGUGAGGUUCAUAGAUAUGCUCAUUUUCGUCGCUUAUUAUGUAAUUCUAGGUUUGCAAGGUUG